CGGAAGUUGAACUCGUGCAAGCAGUUCAAACUUUCAUUUCCAAAUCGUCAUGCAGUCUUGAGCAGAGAGUGUAGCGCACCACCUUCUGUAGGUUCUACUUCUUGCAGGAUCCAAAGCUUAUAUUCUGUUCUUCUCACGUUACGCCUCUUCUUGAGGUUCUUACCUAGCUCAAUUGGUUAUCAAAGAGCUUGGAUUGUUGUUUUGCGAUUGCCUCGAUUGUUCUGUGGCUUGUGGCAAAUUUCUUUCGAUGGCGCUGCUUUUGAGCACACCAAUGGACAAAGGGCCCCAUGGUCACGUUGAACGGCCAUCGUGGAGCCCCUACGACAACAACGGAGGGACUGCUGUGGCUGUGGCUGGGGAGGACUACUGCGUGAUCGCGGCGGACACACGCAUGUCAACAGGAUUCAGCAUACUGACCCGGGAUCACACUAAGCUCUUCAAAGUGUCGGACAAGUGCGUUCUGGCGUCAGCAGGAUUCCAGGCAGAUGCCAAAACACUCCAGAAGACUCUGGAUGCACGCCACCAGCAAUACCAGCACAAGCACAACAAGGAGAUCAGCUGCCCGGCCAUGGCCCAGCUCCUGUCCAACACGCUUUACUACAAGCGCUUCUUCCCGUACUACACCUUCAACCUUCUAGGCGGACUUGACAACGAAGGGAAGGGCUGUGUAUAUACGUACGACGCGAUCGGUUCGUACGAGCGGACGGGGUACAGCUGCCAGGGGAGCGGCCAGCAGCUGGUGAUGCCGGUGCUCGACAACCAGCUCAAGUCAGCGAGCCCCCUGGUCCUGCCCGCGGUGAGCUCGGCGACUCCGCUAUCUGAAGCGGAAGCAAUGGAUCUGAUCAAAGAUACAUUUGCGUCAGCUGGGGAGAGAGACAUUUACACGGGUGAUGCCGUUGAGAUCAUAAUCAUCAACCGGAAAGGUAUUCGGAAGGAGGUGCUUCCGCUAAAGAAGGAUUAGUUUGCACGGCCUUGCUCAAAAUAGGUACACUGAGAGCUGUGGAUAUCGUAGAGGUCGCACCUAUAUGGGGGGAUAUCGUUGAUACAUCAUUCCAUUGUUUGUCGUCCCAAAGCGUGCCAGCAACGAGUUCAUCACAAUGCAGGAGUUCGGAU